AUGGCCCUUGACUGCUGUGUGAAUGAUUGUUUGUUCGGUCUUGGACCACAGGGUGACAAGAGGUAUUGUUAUUACUACCUAAUAGGUCGAGUUGUUAACUGCAAAGAGAGAGAUAAAUUUGGAAGUAUUCUUCCAGGACAGUCAGAUCCAUUAGCUAGCCAAGAAAUACAGACCAAGAAUGAUAAUCAGGGUCAGACCCCUUCGCCAACUCCAAAGAACUGGCAGCAAGGGCUUGCUGAUAUGCAAGCUAGAUUACAGAGACAGAAAGAAGAAAUAUGCCUACUUAGACAGCAACAAGUUCCAGUAGGGAAUGUUCCGCCAAUGAAAUGUGUUUUAAGGGCCAUAGCCUCCAACUCUAGCUCGUACCACAAGCUGGAUAUUUUUGAGACUCUUUCUUUCUGUUUUAAGGGCCAUGUGGCACCGUCUUCCACUGAUUCUGGCUCGUCUGGGAACAUCAUAAUUGAUUUCUAUUGGGGUAUGGAACUCUAUCCUCGCAUUGGUAAAAACUUCGACAUUAAAGUUUUUACAAAUUGCAGAUUUGGAAUGAUGUCUUGGGCAGUUCUAGCUGUAACCUAUUGCAUAAAGCAGUAUGAAGUGAACGGCAAAGUGGCUGAUUCAAUGCUUGUUAAUACCAUAUUGAUGCUGGUGUAUGUUACUAAGUUUUUUUGGUGGGAAGCUGGAUACUGGAGCACAAUGGAUAUUGCACAUGAUCGAGCUGGUUUUUAUAUUUGCUGGGGAUGCCUUGUAUGGGUGCCUUCUAUAUAUACUUCUCCUGGCAUGUACCUGGUUAAUCAUCCUGUACACCUUGGAACUCAGUUGGCACUCUACGUCCUAGUAGCAGGCAUUGUUUUCAUAUACAUCAACUACGACUGUGAUAGGCAAAGGCAUGAGUUUCGCAGAACAAAUGGCAAAGCUUUGGUUUGGGGUAAAGCUCCAUCAAAGAUAACUGCCACUUACACUACCACAACUGGGGAAACAAAAAGCAGCAUUCUUUUAACUUCGGGAUGGUGGGGAUUAGCUCGACAUUUCCACUAUGUCCCAGAAAUAUUAGCUGCAUUUUUCUGGACUGUUCCAGCUCUUUUUAACCACGCUUUACCCUACUUUUAUGUGGUGUUUCUUACAAUCCUUCUCCUCGACCGGGCGAAAAGGGAUGAUGAUCGGUGCCGAUCCAAGUAUGGAAAAUACUGGAAAUCGUACUGCGAGAAGGUUCGGUACAGGGUCAUCCCCGGAAUUUACUGAGAAAAUGUUGCACAAGUGUUUGUUCUAUGUUGAGAAUGGCAUGUAUAUUCAGCCUUUCCAAAUUAAAUGAUGGCAGGCUGGUAUCAUGUUGUUGUUAUUGUUGUUUUUGUAAUGGUCAACUUUAUGGAUGUUGUAUUUCUCUCAUCUUCAAUGACCAAAAACUUUUCUUGUUUAGGAAAA